GCGAGCACGUCUGUCAACUACAAGUCAUCUGCCUGGGAAAAAAAAACUACAGCAGGAACUUUUUAACAAAAACUUUUUACAAAGUUUACCUAGCCUUCUUCCCCCAGGACCCAUGGGUUUCUACCUGUUUGGAUUACUUUUAUGUUGCUUGUUCAGUGCCACUGAAGUCUUAGCCGGUUACCCUAUCUGGUGGUCCCUGGCUCUGGGACAGCAGUACACAUCACUAGGAUCACAGCCAAUCCUUUGUGGCUCCAUUCCAGGUCUGGUACCAAAGCAGCUCCGGUUUUGUCGGAAUUACAUUGAAAUUAUGCCUAGUGUGGCUGAAGGGGUCAAACUAGGGAUCCAGGAAUGCCAACACCAGUUUAGAGGCAGGAGAUGGAAUUGUACAACCAUUGAUGACAGCCUGGCAAUCUUUGGGCCUGUCCUUGACAAAGCAACUCGAGAGUCUGCCUUCGUCCAUGCCAUUGCUUCAGCUGGAGUGGCCUUCGUAGUGACACGUGCUUGUGCUGAAGGAACAUCUACUAUAUGUGGCUGUGACUCGCAUCACAAAGGCCCACCUGGGGAGGGGUGGAAAUGGGGAGGCUGCAGUGAAGAUGCAGAGUUUGGAGUCCUGGUCUCCCGCGAGUUUGCCGAUGCAAGGGAAAACCGCCCUGAUGCCAGAUCUGCCAUGAACAGGCACAACAAUGAAGCAGGUAGAACAACAAUCCUGGACCAUAUGCAUCUCAAAUGUAAGUGUCAUGGACUGUCAGGGAGCUGUGAGGUGAAGACAUGCUGGUGGGCACAGCCUGAUUUUCGGGUCAUCGGGGACUACCUCAAGGACAAGUAUGACAGUGCUUCUGAGAUGGUAGUGGAAAAACACAGAGAAUCCCGGGGAUGGGUCGAGACCCUACGAGCAAAGUAUGCCUUCUUCAAACCUCCAACUGAGCGGGACCUCGUCUAUUAUGAAAACUCACCUAACUUCUGUGAUCCAAACCCAGAAACAGGGUCCUUUGGAACGAGAGACAGAGUGUGCAAUGUGACUUCACAUGGGAUCGAUGGAUGUGAUUUGCUCUGCUGUGGGCGAGGUCACAACACUAGGACUGAGAAGCGGAAGGAAAAAUGCUACUGCAUCUUUCACUGGUGUUGUUAUGUCAGCUGCCAAGAAUGUAUCAGAGUCUAUGAUGUCCACACUUGCAAAUAAAGACCGUCCAGACAGAGUUUUUCUUAAAAAAAAAAACAAAAGAAUCCAGGCUUCAGAAGUUACAGUAAUUUUCAUCAUCUGCAGAUCUGCAAACUGCAGUAAGAACUAUGGGAAGAUUAAAGAAGGACAGUGUCUAUGAUUAUUUGAUUCAAAAACAUGCACAAGCCAGGGAGAGAGUAUGCAGACCUACUACAGAUCAUAAUGCAAUAAGUUAUGAAAAAAAAUAAAACAAAAGCAAGAGUGAGUCCAUGUCCAAAAUAUAUAAAGAAAAUCAACUUUUUAGUUAGAGCACACAAUUUGGCAGUCCAACAUGCAAUUAUGUAAUGCAGUUAAUUAGCAUAUAUGUAAAUACUAUGCAUGCAGACUUGUUAAGGUCACCAAGUCUUAAAAGAUGCAGUCUGCAUUCUAAACAGACAGGUGUUUUAUGCCCUUCUAAUCAAGGAUGACUUGUUGGGGAAACCAUUACAGGUUUUAACUUGUGUAUUGUAAUAACACUCCAGCAUAUUUUUUCCUGACAAGUCUUACAAGUUUCAAGUGGGAUGGAGUUUCUUUUCCUCUCAGAAUACUAAAAAAAGAAGGCUGCAAAACAGUAAUUUUUUACUAGGCUGGACUGCAAUAAUUGCUUUCAAAGUGAAGACAAGUUGCAGGCUAAUAGGGCAAUGGGUACUUGCAGAGAGGGACAGUGAUACAUUUUUCUGUGCAUUAAAGGAGUGUGUAAUUCUAAUCUAACAAAUAAUUUCAGAAUACAGAGAAUUAAUGAUGUAAAUAACAUGCACUGACCUGCUGGACUACAGGAAGAAAAUCUGCCUGCAUUGCCACUGAGCCAGAUUGAUUUAUCAAGGCAAGUCCCAGACAAACAGCUGGUAAGAGAAUUAUAGGGCACAGGUAAAUAUUGUUUCCAGCAGGUGAGCCACAUGAUACACCUCUAUAAAUUUUCCAUAAGUAUGGAAAGAUCAGAUGCUCACAGUUGAACAACUGUGCACAGAACCACAUACCCUCUUGCACACUGACAUCACAUCCAUGUCCCCUGUCAUUGCCUUAGGGUAUGGAAAACAGAAACGCAGCAUGCUGGGUCAGCUGCAAUUAACUCGUAACUCCCACACAGGAUGGGAACAAAUUAACUGGAUGGGGGAGACAGAACUAGGUGACAUGCAUUCUGCAAAAUAAAAGCACUGGAGCAAGGGGGUGAUAAAGUAGAGUUCACUUAAAUUUAACUGGAUUAAAUAAUCCAUUCACUUUUAGCAGCCAGUUUAUGUCCUGUAAAGUCAUCCAACCAUUAGUACUUUGUGGAUGAUUCAUGGGUGUUGAAUUGAGACUUUGCCCUAGACAUUUUCAGCAUGGCAGCAAUACUUUACAUACACAGCUGCUCAAAAAUGACCCUGCUGGAGGCCUCAUUCAAACGUCUGUACCCUUCAAUGCCGAUGUAAAUGCCAAAAUCACUCUGUGAUGAUGUUAACCCAAACUCAAACAGUUAAACUAUGAUGUUGCACCUGUAAAGAAGAAUAGAAGCUUUAUAUUCCAGCACAAUCUGUUUAGAACCUUUUAUAUAUAUUAAAUUCAUACAUAAGGUGAUUAAAUAAGUAUGUGGAAUUUCACAGUUGCUCUGGGCUUUCAAAGUGAAUUCCAAAAACACUUUCAAGAAUGCAUAUGUACUCAGCCAGGUAUUAAUAUUACUUAGUUGUCAGUGAUAGACAGUAGGUCUUAAGAUAAACUAAAAAAGGGAAAUUGGAUUAAGGUGUUAGAAUUCCCCUUUUAUCUAGUAUCAAAAUGAGAUUUAAGCAGAUCCCAGAAUUUUCUGCAAACUAUACAGAUUCUGGCUGGCUCUAAAUGAAGCCCAUUAAAGUUAGCUGUCAAUACCUUUUUUCAAAUGGUUUAAGCAUCAGGAAUUGUCUGCUCACAUCUUUUCCUUAUUUAUGCUGAUAGUUUCCCCAGAGCAGGAAACACAUGAAUGGUUCUGAGAUUGCAUUUGGUUGGUAUUACUGACA